AGCCCACAAGUCUAUCAAGAUGUAAAAAAGUGAAAAGGUACUAGUAAUGGAACAGAGCGGCUGUAACAUGCCAAAAAUCUGCCAAGCCAUACGGCCUCAAUUCAUCUCCAGUAUACACAAAUGAUGAUGCUACUAAUAAUUAGUUAGAAAUAAUGAGCUAAAGUUCAAUUUUGGAUAUUAUUUUAUGGAAUUCUAGGUCUAUGAUCUGUGUUCAACUACUGGAUGGUCUAUACUUGUGUGCAUAAAGCCAUUUCAUUAACAAUAAGAGCCAGACAAAGAAACAAGCUAACCUCUUUCCAGUUUGUCUUCAUCUAAGAACACAAAGCCAUCAUGGAGAAAAUCAGCAAGCAAUCUCUGCUGCAUGUUGCGAGUCUUUCGCUUCCUUCAUUUCAGGUGAUUGUCAUAACUGGAAGCUUCGGGUGUGGUUACUGUCGACAGAGAGUUUCUCAGAUCAUUUCGAAGAUUAAUGGACUGAAAGAGUACACCGUUGAUGUCCAGAAUAAACAAGUGAUUGCGAGAGGAGAUGUCAAACUCUACACUGCAAAUCAUCGUUAUCUUAUGAUGAAGAAGAAGAAAAUUAAAUUUAAGAUGAAGAAGAAGCAUUUGAUCAUUAACUUUUUCAGAACUGCUUGGAUAUGUAAUUAGUUUACAUUUUAAUAGUUUGGUUAACAUCAGUAGUUACAGCAUAAAAUUUCUUCAACAAAUAUAAAUAUCGCCGUCCAUUCCACGUCGUAGAUACAUCGAUAGAUGCGUGA